CAUCGAAUACAAUAAGCUUCCAUAUGUUACGUGUAUUUCUCCGGUGAGAACCUUCACGCAAACGAUCAUCGUAGAUGUUGAAAGAUAAACUUAAGAAAGUGACUUAGAACAAAGAGAAUAUUUAGAGGAACGAAGAUAACUACAACUACUAAUGAAUUUCAAUCUUUAACAUUCAUUAAACUAGAGAAUAAGUACAUAUUUACAGGCAUAAAAAACCACCAAAAUCCCAAUCCUACAACUACAAGGUUGGCCGCCCUCUCUCCAUUUUUCUACCUAGAUUAUGAAACCCAACCCACAAGGAAAUAUUAAUUAACUCCUAAUCAAUAACACAAAUCCCACUUGAAUAAGGAAAACAAUAAUAAAGAUAAUUAAUAAUAAAAUACUAAGUAAUUAAAUAUCCAAGCCCAGGUCGAGACCCAAUAGUUACGAUGGCUUGAUUCUCGUAACACUAUACAUAAUCAUCGACAUCGAGAAUCUCAUAGAUAAACACAAUCAUGAGAUGAAAUCAUAGCAUUCAUUCACGUAACAAUAAUCAAGAUCACGUCCUAACACAAUCAAUUUUGACUAGCUACAUAGAGGAGAAGGAAGAUACCACAAUUGAUGAUGACAACAUCUCCUUAGCUGCAGACCCUCUACUUGGACUAAGAUAAGCAAUGGUGUAAAGUGUUACCGAGAUUUGUGUGUUUGUGCAACCUUACUCUUAUAUUGAAGUCAUGCCCUCUAUUUAUAGCGGAGAAUUCAUCAUAAAACAUCCUAAACUGACUAGGAAAGAGUCUCCUAAACCUAGUAGACUCAAGAAACUUCGUCAACAAGGCAAAGGAAAGGCGGCGGUAGGACAUCGGUUGGACCUACCGAUGUGUCUCUUCGUGGGUUGGGCAUCCUGAUCCAUACACUUCUAUACCUCAUGAUUUGGGCUGCAACUUGAGGGAGCGACGGUUUGGACCUGUUGCUUGGGCCACCACUCAUUCUUUCUUCAAAUUGGGCUAUUCUUCCUCUUAUGCGCUCGUCUUCAUAUAGUCUAGCGAAUUCUAGUCGACUUCUCCGUUAUUGGACCACUUCUUUCUCGUGAAACUCUUUAAUCUUCUCAUUAUAGCUCAUUUAGUCCUCUAGAGCUCUUCAACGUUUGAUUCAAUCUUCCUUAUGUUAAUUUGUACCUUCAAAAGCAUACUCAAAAGUCAUCCAAAUCCCACAUAUCUAAACAAACAAGUAAAUUGGGAAAAAUAACUCAUUUAAAUGAGGAAUUUAGACUCAAAUGACUCCUUGUUGGCUUUAUGUCGGUACAUUCACUAGAUUGGGCCUUUAGGAUACUUAGUCUGCUAAUCAGCGGCUUCUGCCCCUAAAACCUUUACUCCUCAUGAUAUGAGUUCCCACCAAGCUUGUCAACUCGGUUUAGCCCGUUGGUCCUGUCGAGCAAGUGGGCUGAGGGUUAGUGGGCCAACCGCUUUAUCCCGGAUAUAUGGUAAAAGUCAUUGUAUUGUUCAUACAUUUAUAAAUUAUAUAAAAUCUCAUCUAACAUAUGAGUUAUAACAUAUAUCAUUACAAUAAAUAUGUCGUACUUGGAUCUAAUAUAAAGUGAAAAUUCACACAUACUUAUAUAAUAUCAAUGUUCAACUUAUAAUUCCAAAGAAUGGGCUAGGCGAAAGAAAAGCCAAAAAAAUAUGCGCAUUUCACAAACCAAAGGAAAAACGAUGCCGUUUGACCUCCCGUCCAAUGCCUUGUAGCGGGUCGACCCGGGGGGUGUGUACGACCCGUUUUUCUCACUGUGUCAGGGUAAAAGUGGGCCAGUGAGUCGACCCACGGUUGACAACCUUGGUACCGUCUCGGCUAGCCCGAAAUGAAAUACCAGCGUGCGUGAGGUUCCGGUAGGGGUGUGCAACGGUUCGGUCCAAUCCAUAUCGGACCAAACUCAUAAGAACUGCGGUCCAUUAGUGAAAUACAUCUUAAGACCAAGGACCGAACCAUCAUUGUAUUCGGUCUAUCUGAUCUUGUUCAAUCCAAUACAAAUAUCAGUUCGAUCCAUCAUUUCUUCCAUAAUUGUAAAAUUCAUGUGGACCAAAAACCGGACCGCAUUAUACUCGGUCCGGUCCAAACUUCAAUUUGGUCCGGUACGAUUCGGGAAUCGUACCAUUGCAAUUUGCACACCCCUAGGUUCCGGGACACGCCUCCAGCGGAGUGCCAACAUUCGGUUGAAGUAGUUAAAACUUAAAAGUUAAAACUUAUAACUCAAAAUGAACAGGCUAUCAUCAAGCUCCAGCUACCCUCUCCGUCGGCAGGUCCUGCAAACGGAAGAUCGAUGCUCAGGGAAAGUAAAUUACCACUCAAGAGUUUGAAGUUCUGUCGGACAACGAAUCUCGGGAGGGAGGAGCUAAGAGAUGGGUGCCUCGGAAUCCACGCUCUCAAUCUCGGAGAAAUUCGCCGACGAGAUUACCACCGUUUCAGAGCGGUCCGAGAGCGUGGAUCUCCUCUCUGAGAAGCUGAAAUCGCUCAAAAUUACAAAGCCACUGCUGACAUCUUCUCCAAAGGAAGGCAGCUUGACUGACAUUCUGGUGAGGAAGCCGUCUUCUUCUACCACUCCUGGUAUAGUGGACCCUAAAGUGCUGCUGGACCUCUUCUCAAUGUACCGUGUUUGGCAGGAGGAACGGACCCAGGAGAUCAGCAAGAAUCAGGAGGAGAUUGAAAACAAGAUAGAAGUUGUGGAUGCUUUGGCACUCAAGCUUCUUCAACGGUUCAAUCACUCAGUCUCAACCAUGAGGACUACUUCUCAUCAUCUAUCAGGAGUUCAUAGCCUGAAGGUGGAGAUAGGUGAGUUAAAAGGGAGGCUGACAGAGGUGAUCAGCAAUUGUGAUGCGCUAUGCAAGAGAAUAACUACCGAGGGCCCAGAAUCCCUUUGUUCCUCUGUCAAGCCAUUCGUCGUGCCAACGCUUCCUGGAUCAAGCAUUAGCAAUAGCUCCUCUGCUGUUUCUGUGGAAAGUGUUCUACAUGGAAAUAAGCCUUCCAAUCAAAGCUAGGCUCUGAUUUCUUGGUUGAUGAUCGUAUUUAUUUAUGAACUCUGUUUGGGGAUUCAGAUGGAUACAGAUUGUCUAACUAGAGUGAAAAUGGUAAAAUUGAAGACUGUGACCAAGUCUUUUCAGCUUCUUUUUCUAUGUAUUUAGUACAGUGAGUGGCUGUCUGCUCUGUAUGAACCAUAUAAGAGUUUCAUUUGAAAGGAAACUGUACUGCCACCAAGAUCGUAUCUACCAUUCACAUUUAUCUGUUCAUAAACUGCCAGCAACGGCUCUCAUUGCAGAAAUGAAGCAAUGCAAUGACGACAGAACACAGGUGGAAUCUGAAACUUUUU